CAUCUAGGUCAAACUGUCACAGGCCCGUCGCCCUUUCGCAGUGGUAUUAUGUAUUGGCUUCAGGGCUACAGGAGUUUUAUUUUUGGAUAGGUUACGGACACUGUUGCCCUCUGCCAUAGGCAGGCUGGGGCUCAGUUGUGGAUGAGGCAGUCCUUGUCACACUCCAUGCUGGGAUUAGCAGGCUGCGAGCAUACUCCCCAAGCCAUCACACAAAAGGUUGGACAUGCUGAUGGAAGCGAGCUACAACAAUGGGCUGGACCCGGACCUCUCCCAACCAUAUCCUCCUCCCGUACUACCUAAGCCGGGCAAAGACAACGCAAGACUCCAGAAACUAAAGAAGAAGAGAUCCAAGAAAAAAGGUGGCCCCUCCCAGACUCCUAUCCCCUUCCGCACCUGUUUGUCUCCUGUCAAUGAAGCAAGCACGGACCUCGAACACAGCAACCAUCCCUCCCCGUCUAGGUCCCCAGAUUCAACUUACCUCGGGGAUUCUUCAGUCUCCAAUUUCUCAACGGUUCCUUUCUAUAAUAACUGCAAAUCCCCCUUCCCUACUGCUCGCAGCAGCCCCUUUCGCCCAACAUGCAGUUCUCCGCUACAGCACUACAAACCUCCUGUCCGUUCAUAUGAGGAACAGGUGGCUCCACUGUAUGAGUGCUCAUCUUUUUUAUUUGAGGAUGACACCCCUUUGACCAUGCCAUCGCUGUCCCCAUCCCCACCACUGGAGGGGGUCGCAGCACCACCUUCUGUCUCUCCCUUUAUCUUAACAAAGUCCAAAGGCUCUUUGGGUUCAUUCUCUGCAAUACUUAAAGAACCAACCCCCAUGCCCAAUUGUAGCCCAAAAAUUUCUACCCACACCCUGACCCUAUCGUCCACUGGCCCCACGACUGGUCAAGAGCAGACUUCAUCUCGAGUUCUGGAUUUAUCGCUUGUUCCGGCACUGCUAUCAGUUUCAGUCCCUCAGACACAGCCUUUAAGUGGCAGCAAACACAAAACAAACUCACAAUCAAAGGCCAAAGCCUCUUUGACCGCCAAGCCUGCUUGUAAUUCCGUUUGUCCUAACAGCCAAAUACCCCCUGAGGUGACCGACUCAAAUAUAACACUUGUUGAAACGGUCAAAGAGAAGAAAUUAAAUUCCCAGCAGACAAAGAUUUACACAUCCAAGGCAACCUUUUAUGAGAUCUCUAAGCCCCCUUCGCUGCAGGAUCUCACAGUAUGUGCUGCAUCGUCCCAAGGUGCAUCAUUAUCUACUGGAGUCAGCGAGAAAACAAUAGUGACUGCUGUAAAGAAUGUACAAAAAGUACCAGUUGCCUUUACCCCGUUGAGAAGACCCAAAACACCCUCUUCUACACCCAGUAGGGGAUCCACUCCUGUUAUUGAAAUAUCAAAAGCGAAUCCACUCUUAUUUGCUACUAGUCCGGCAUCUGCCUCUAGCCGUGAUUUGCAACAUUCGGCUUGCAAUUUGGAGGUUUGUCCAAAAACCAAUUCAACGAAAAUUAAGACUCGAGGUAAGAUCCCAACAGCACCAAAAGAAGCAAAUCAGGGUGGAAUAAAUAGCAAUACGUUAAACAAGCAGUUUUUGGAGCCUACAAGAGAUUUGAUGGGGAAUGAUAUGCCAAACAGGUGUAAGACACAUUCAGAAGGACCCAUAGACAGUUUAACACCAUGUCUUCCAACAGAUAGCAUGACCGUGGUUGUACAUCAUCAUUCAACGUUGAAAUCAGAUCAAAGUUCACCGGAUGGUGCUCUACUUUUGCCAAAUAUUCCAGAAUUUAUUUCAGGUGUACCAAACACUGCUUCAAAUCCUAACCCCAUAACUGUAAAUACAACACAAGUUCCCCAAAAUACAAACUUCCCUUCACCAAGCUCUAACCCACAUGGACUGCCAGCUUUGGAGGCACGUAAAUCAUUGUCAUCAUUAUUGGGAUCUCAACUGACGCAAGCAUCGAAGCAAAAAUCAAGAUCAACCUAUUAUGGCCUUACUCCCGCUGAAUAUGUUGCCUAUGGUGGUAUUAGGACUUACAGUGCAUAUCACAGACCGGUAAGCCCCAACAGGCUGAGCUCAAAUGAAGCACAGCCUAAGGAAGAAUUGCACGCUUUAUCCGUCAGUAGCUCUGAACGAACUGCAACAAGGGCGCCUGAUGGACACCAACCUAUUGCUUCGUCUGGGGAGCCCUCUGCUGCACUUGUUUUGCAUCAAACAUCAGUCUCAAGGGAAUCAAACAUGGGCAAAGAGCAGACACCAAAUAAAGACAUUAAGCAAGACAGCCAAUUUGAAGGUCAAAUAAAUGGAUUACAAACGAGUAAAACAUCUGCUGAAGAGAACACAAAACCAAAGCUACCGUUUGGCUUGACACAGAAAACUAUGCAACCGUGCACAAGUGACGUAUCAUCACCAAAAUCCUCUUACUCCGAGGCUUCAAUAACCAUACCUAAAGCAGGUGAGGUGCACCCACAAACCUUGGCAUCCCCUAGUACAACCCCUUCAUGUCUGAAUAACACUAGCAGUGUGUCCAUUAUGUCCUCUCUCUCAGAAAUUAAGGAAUGCAUGAAUACUAAAAUUCUGAAUGGUGAAUCCCCUUAUCUUAAUCCAAGUAUUGAUAAUACCUUUAAGAAAUUAAACAAUGAAGCAAGCAAACCAGAUCAUGUAGAUAUAUCUGGUUCAACAAAACAUCCAAAUACUCCCCCACAUGAUUCAGUGAAAUCAACCAUGAUGCUGGCUAAGGACCAAUGCCAUCCUAUAACAUCGUGGUCAGGAAUAAGGAAAUAUACUCAGCAUGAUCCAAAAUUUGCAACAAGUAAAGCAACAGCCCACCCCUUAGUCUCAAAUAAAGGCAGAGAAUCGAUGCAGGAAAUCAGUGGCAGUAAGAUACCAAAUAGUGUACCCCAGAACACAAUCAAACAAAAUGAUUUACCUUGCAUGAGUACAAAUGGAGCAUAUUUCCCUGACAAAGUGGGCAAUUAUGCUCCAAACUCAGAUAUUGCAAGCAGUUCAGUGUCAGUUUUUCCCUUAAAAACUAAAAUUGUUACCAACCAAAAUCUAGAAACACCCCAAUCAAUCAAGGUAACACUUCCUCCAAAUAAUAUAAUUCCCUCAAUGGUAAACAACGUACUGAAACAGAAUAUUUCUGGAGCAGUAAUUCCACCUUCAUUACCUCAGUUGCAACCUUGUACAAUUGAUUCCGUGACUGCUUUGACUGUUUCAAAAAACCAACUCCCCUCCCUCCAUGAAAUGAAAUCAGAAAAAAAAUCGGAUUCUAAAAUGCCUUUAGCAACUAUCUUAAAUAAACCUAAUAUGUCUAUCCGAAAGGGAACCAGCCAAAGCAAAACAAAUAAUAAAGUAAUACCAAGCAUAACAUCAAAUUUUCAGGACAAAAUAGUUCAAGAGGUCACUGCAGAAAUAUCUAUUGCCAAGAGUAACAAAAAAGAGUCGAUGGUUGCUGAUGUUUCUAUGGCUCAAAAGAUACAUAACCAUGUUCCUCGUAAAGAACAAUUAAUGCCAAUACAAGACAUAAUAGAGUACCAUUUUCCCAGUAACAUUGCCAGGGAAACUGAACUGCAUCAAAGCUUGGGAGCUAAAGAGCUCUCAGCAGGAAAAAUGCCAACAGAAAUUACUCAAAAAGAUACCAUACCUAAAACUGGUUCUGAACAAUGUAUUAUUGAGUCUAAACAGACAUUUCAAGAAAAUGUGCGAUUGAAAAUGUCUAAUAGUGCAGUGAAACUAUCUAAAGCGAUCAGUGAGGCUUCUCAUCAUGGUUACUCCACUGCAGAGUCAGCAAGUGUUAAGUCAAACGUGUUGAACGUUGGCUGUAUUGUACCUGUGAUUGAAAAUAAAUUACCUAAUGAACCUUUUCUGGAAAAAGUAUUUGAUGCAGCAGGCAGGUCAGACAAGGCUUCCAUUGAAACAUCUUCUUUGCCGGGGAAGCCCUUUGUACCAUUUGGCCCCAUCUUGAGUCGUGUCACAUCAAAAAGCCCUAUGUUAACAAUGGCCUCAGAUAGUCAAGAAGCACUGAAACUGGUUGCUGACACAAAACACCCUGGGGGCUAUUAUAAUAAUCCAAAAAUAACUGAACCCAGAAAACCUCUUGUUUACCCUAUGACACAUGUGUUAGAAGGUAAACAAACACCCACUGUUCUUCUGCAAAACAGAACUUUUACACCUGAGCCCAUAUUGACCAAUCAAUCAACUGUGAAUGCACGGUUAUUUUCACUUCCUGCUAGCAAUGGUCAACCUUUAAUGACCCCUCCCAAAGUAAAGCUUAUAAAUACCCGAAUUAAUUCACCUGCCCCAGGGUACAUCAGAACCCCCUCACCAAGAAUAAACACACGAAGCCCAGCCAUUAUAGGAUCCCACCAAAUCAUUGAUCAUUUUAAUCCAGCAAAAACUGAGUUAAGGUACUCAGAUAUUGAAGCUGAACACUUAUUGAAGAAAAAUAGUGAAAAAAACAAGUACUUCGAGGUAAACGCACAGAUUGUACGCUCACAGCCUCAUUCACCUCAAAGCCAUCGCCAUGGAUACAUUUCCCCGAACCCUCCCCAGUAUGCCAAUUCCAUCAGAAAUGUUAACGACCCUCUAAGCCCUUCUAAAGAAACCAAGGACAUACCCAAAACUGUGACCCCACACUUCAUAGAUCCUAUACCGAGUAUAUACCCUCAAACCAAUGUCCCCAAAAUUGGUCAUGCCUCAGAUGAUCUACAUACCUUAAACUACACUACACAAAGUGCAUCCUGUUUAGAUGUCAGGAAAAAGUCAUCCCCCCUAACUGAUGCAAUUACCAGUAACAUUCAGGGUUCCUUAAAGUCGACAAAACAAAGUGGUUAUUCUCCAAAUGUGGGAAAAGGAACGGCAGUACCAACAGCAAGUUCAAUGCUAGUUAAUAAGAGUAUUCUGGUUGAAGUACUUUCCCAGACAGAACAGAUAUUAACUAACUUGGCUUCAAGCUCAGCAAUGGAGGGAAAAUCCUUAGAUAAUAUCUCCAUCUCGCCAACCUUCUGCCUCUCCGACAAAUUAGAAAAUAAGCCACCCAGAACCUUGCUAGAAACUAAAAAGACAUCCUCUAACAAAAGCGACCCACCUCCCAUAAAUAUAAGUCAAAUACAGCCCCCUACUGACUCAAUAUUGAAAACAAUCCCAGCUGCAGAUAAUGACAUAGAACCACCCAUAGUGAAAGGUGCUGUGAUUGAUUCUGCCACUCCUGCCUCUUUGCCUCAGGACUCAGUCUCAGUCAAAGUUCCUGCACCAAACAGAGGAAUGUCAGUGCCAUCUCAGCCAAAGGUUGGACUCAAAGAGGAGAAAGCACUAGAGAGCAGAGCUGCGACGACACCAUCGGAAGACAGGCCCUCUACGAAGUCCCCGACAUCAACUGCAUCUUCAACUGAUGACAAACCAACCGCCGUGUCAGAAAUGGCUCCCCCUGCUGAAAUACCCAAGGCGCUAAAAAAACCUAAAGGCCUUAAGGCCAAGCUGAGUGGGUGGUCACGCCUAAAAAAACACAUGGUCGAAGAACCCGAGGAGCCCCUGUUUCCAGAGCCCCUGGGGGAAUGUCAGGCAGCGGUCAGUGCUGGUGAAAUGGAAACGAAUCCAGUCAGCAGAGAAGAGGUUUUGGUAGACCAGUCCUCUGGUCUGGAGGUGCUCAAGGAAACAGAGGCCCCCAAGGCGCUGAAAAUGUGGGAUGCGCUGCUCUUUCAUAUGUUCUCUACCAAAGAGAAAAUCAUGGAGCAGAUCAAACCCAAGAAGGACAAGUCGGACACAAAUGAAAAGGCCAAAGAGAACCAGGUUGAGGUUCCAUCAUUUGUGAAUCGGCUUCCUAUUCUUCUGUACAGUCCCCGCUUUAACGCCAGAAAGCUCAAAGAGGCUGCAGCAAAGCCCCUCACUAAAAUUGCCACAGUGUUCGAGAGAGGACUACUAAACCGCAAAAACCAGGAUGAUGAACGCAAAGACUUUAAUAGAAAAGCAAGAGGAUUUGGUGAUUCAAAAAAGGAAGAUUGAAAAUGUAUUGACAUUCAAGGCUCCGACUUGGUGUAAGGAGAAUUAGAAAUAAAUAAAGCCAUCGGUACAAGUUAGCAUUAAAAGUCAUGUUCUGAUAUCUGUUACGUAAUAUUGCAGGCAAAGGGAAAUGUCAUUGUUACAUUUUUAGUCAAGGAUAAAUCAAGGAAUUACCGAAGUAGCAUAAGGUGUAUUAUUUUAGAUUUUAAAAAAUAUCCUAUAGAAAAAUGUGUCUAACAUGAAUACUUGACUAUCACUAAUCCAAAACAAAUGAUUAAUGAAUGAGUGGUUGUUUAACAUAAUUUUAAUUAGUAAAUUAACAUGCUCUUAACAGGCAAACACCUGAGUCAAAGUAAAUAUUUAAUUAUUGUUUAAUUUAAAUAGUAAGCCAAUCGGCAGAAUUGACUCCAUAUUUGGAUGAAAUAUAUAUUAGCAGAUUAUUCAUCUUGAAUUAAUUGUGUAGAGUUUUAUGAAUGAAAGCCACGUUAUAUGUCUGUUGCGUGACUACACGUAGAUCUUAGAUAUUGACAUAUGAUAAAGUUCUUGUCUGGUUUUGAGAGAGGCAAUUUCCUUUCGUUAAUUUUUUUUCUAUAUAUAUGCAGUGUAGUGCUUGCCUAUGGUCUAAUCUGUUUCCUAUUGCAUUGUCACAUGGCUUUUACAUUCCUGGUACACAGGGCAAAUUGACGCUGAAUGCAUGAUGAUAUUUGACGGCUACCAUUUGGGGGAGAACAUCUUGUAGAAAAAAAACACAGAUUCAUACAUUGGUCAGUAAUGAGUAGAAUGACAUGGCUUCAGGAAGUUGAGGUGUGUAUUGUCUAGAAAUGAAGGUAUAGUUUGAGAUGAGUCUGGAGCUAGAAAGGCUGUUGAAACAGUUAGCGUAGUACAGUCAAAUCCAGAGUAAAAGUUACUGAGAUUCAAAGCAUGUGGAAAGUAUAUGGAAGUAAGAGAGAAAUAAGUCACAAAAUAAUAUUUGUAUUGAAUUGCUUUAAAGGGAUUCCCUUUCCUAAAAUUCCUGACUUGAUGUAGAAACCCCAUCAUAAUCUAAGAGCUGGUAAAUUAAUCUGCUACUAAUCAGUAUAGCUACUGCAGUGGUACUUAAGAUAAACUCUUUUGUAUUUUUUGGUUACAGUGUGUUUGAAAUAGCAUAAAAUCAAACAUGAAAACAUGUGUUUGUUUGUUCUUCAUUGUUCUUUGAACCUUAGAUACUCAUGCCCCGAUACAUUUAAGUAGCAGUAACAUAAUUUAUGUUAUGAGAAACACAACGUCCUACAACAACAACUCUGAAUUGUCUAUUAUGUAUGUCAUAUUUAAAAGAAGCUGUUGUGAAAAAAAUACAUUGUUAUGAUCUUCCAAAA